CCUGAGCACAGAUAGUGCCCGAGCUGAUAAACAGACCAGAUCCUCCCUCUCGGAGCUCAUGCUCCAGGGGGGAAGAUGGACAAAAUACGGAAAAAUAUCAGGAAUGGAAAGAGCAAAUUGCUCCCUAGAAAGAGAGCCUGGUGCUUCCCUGGGUCCUGAGCUCCGGAGUUUUGAGCAACACCAGGAACCCCAGGGAUGCGGCUGCUUCGAAUGCUGGAGACGCUGGUGCCACCGUCAAACCCAACACCUCAGGGAGCUUUUCAGGAGGCGCUGUAGGAGCUCCACAUGGGACAAGGGGUGGCGGCGGAGGCGGGAGGAAGAGGACAUCCCCCACACCCCGGUGGUGAUCAGGAAGGAGCCCAGCACAGCUAACGGAGACCUGCAAGGGUUCAAGGCUGAAAGGGCCUCAGCCCUGAGGAAGAAUCGGAUCUGCCCAACCACCCCCAGCCGGAGGGAGCUGCUGGAGCAGCAGGUAGAAGAACUGGUGCCCGCCUUGCUGCGCUUUGAUAACCUGUCCAUAUUUGAAUUCCUUAACUAUUUGGUGGAAUAUGGCACCCCUGAAGAGGUGCUGGACCUGCUGUUUGCAAAAUAUCGAUACAUCGUAGCUUCCUGCAAGAACGAAGGAAUCCUGGACCAGUGGGAAAUCACCAUGUCCUCCUUCCUGACCAUCUGGCUGGACUACUAUGAGGAGGACUUCCACGAUCCCCCAGAAUUUCCUGCCCUGACAAAGCUGCUGAACUUCACGGGGCAGUACUUGCCAGGCUCAGUGCUCCACUGUCGUGCCGAGUGUUACCUUUGGCGUUUCAUAAAUCUCCAUCAAGCGGAGUUUGUGGGUGGAGAUGAUACUCUGUCUUUGGACCCUGAGCAACACCCUGAACCACCCCAGGAGCACGCCCGAGCUCCGACGGUGGGGCCUGCUGCACCUUCAGGGUCUGAGGGGAUGGAGCUGGUCCCAGCUGCUGGAGCUGAGGGCUUGGCCCAAGCCAUGAUGCCAGCUGCUGUGUUCAAGCCAAGAUACAUGGUCGGACCUCUGAAUCACUGUCCUGACCUGGAAGAGCUACCUGCAACCCUAGGAGCCCUGGAGGCCAAAUGGGCCCCACCACCGGCUAUCGAGCUCAUCGAUGUGCCGGAGCAGCCGCCUCACUCAGUAGAGCAACCGGCUUCAGACCCCGAGCAACACCCUGAACCACCCCAAGAGCCCGCCUGA